GUCGUCUUCUCCUUCCUCAUCUCUCUGUUCUCGCAUGGGGCGAUGUAUGUGAAUGCAGCAAGAAUCCAUUCAAAAGCCACCACCACCACUGCCCUCCUCUCUCUCUCUCUCCACUUUCUCUCUCUAAUUCCUCUCUCCAGAGUCUCUCUCUCUCUCUAGUUUCUCUCUCUGGGUCUUUGAAAAAGAGCAGGCUUUGAUUGAACCGUGCGGGACGGAGACAGGGGAAGACAGAGAGGGACACAGAGAGAGAGAGAUAAAGCGAAGGUUGGGGGAGCGAAGCAAGCGAAACCCACUUUGCGUUUUCCCUCAGAAAGCAGCUCCUCAUCCCUCUCUUCUCUUUCUGGCCUUCCUUUCUCUUGUCGGCAUUCCCAUACCCAUUCGGCCGAGCGAUGUCGGCCCCGGCUCCGGCAUCCCCUCCGCCCCCGCCGACCACCGCGCCCCCGCCAGCGACCCCCUCCGCCCCUCCCCCCGACCCCGCGACCCCGCCGCCCGCCGCCCCGCCGCCGGCGACCCCCUCCCCGCCGCCCCCGGUGACCCCCUCCUCGCCGCCCCCGGCGACGCCCCCCCCGCCGCCGACCACGCCCUCCACCUCGCCCCCACCACCACUCCGUCUCCCCCGCCGGCCACUACCGGGUCCCCCCCCGCCCGGCGCCUCCGCGUCCCCCCCGCCCCCGCCGUCCUCCCCGGGCACGCCCUCCCCUCCGACUGCUAAGAGUCCUCCGCCGCCGACGACGACGACCAAGAGCCCGCCCCCGCCGUCCUCCCCUGGCUCGCCCUCCCCUCCGUCCGGGUCCUCCAUAUCGACGGGGCUCGUGGUGGGGAUCGCCAUUGGUGGAGUGGCGUUGCUGGCGGUGCUGACCUUGCUGUUUAUAUGCUGCAAGAAGAAGAGGAGAAGAGACCGUGACGAUGAGUAUUAUGUGCCCCCUCCACCUCCGCAUGGUCCCAAAGUUGAUCCUUAUGGCGGCCCGCCGAGAAAUUGGCAACAAAAUGCUCCACCACCUGCUGACCAUGUCGUCACCAUGAUGCCGAAGCCUACUCCUCCUCCAGCAGUCUUUUCACGCCCGCCUCAUUCACCUGGUCGUGGUCCUAGUCCGACACCUCCGCCGCCUCCACCUCCGCUUAUGAACAGCAGUGGAGGCUCUGGCUCCAACUAUUCAGGGCCGGAUCAGGCAUAUCCUCCUCCAUCCCCUGGCAUGUCUCUUGGUUUCUCCAAAAGCACGUUUACUUAUGAGGAACUAGCUAUGGCGACUAAUGGCUUCUCAGAUGCAAAUCUACUCGGACAAGGUGGUUUUGGGUAUGUGCACCGCGGGGUCCUUCCCAACGGGAAAGAAGUAGCGGUGAAGCAACUGAAGGCUGGAAGUGGACAGGGAGAGCGUGAGUUUCAGGCUGAAGUUGAAAUAAUCAGCCGAGUUCAUCACAAGCAUCUCGUGUCUUUGGUUGGAUACUGCAUGGUCGGAGCCCAGCGCAUGCUUGUGUAUGAGUUUGUGCCUAACAACACCUUGGAGUUCCACUUACAUGGAAAGGGACGGCCGACCAUGGAUUGGCCAACUAGACUGAGAAUUGCUUUGGGGUCUGCCAAAGGACUGGCAUAUAUUCAUGAGGAUUGUCAUCCUAAGAUCAUACAUCGUGAUAUCAAGGCAGCCAACAUACUUCUGGAUUUCAAGUUUGAGGCAAAGGUUGCAGAUUUUGGACUUGCAAAAUUUACUUCUGAAACAAAUACUCAUGUGUCUACUAGGGUGAUGGGCACUUUUGGGUAUCUUGCUCCGGAAUACGCCUCGAGUGGGAAACUAACAGAAAAAUCAGACGUUUUCUCCUAUGGGGUCAUGCUCCUAGAAUUGAUUACUGGUCGCAAACCCGUGGACCAGACACAUACUUUUAUGGAUGAUAGUCUGGUUGAUUGGGCAAGGCCUCAGCUCACACGAGCUCUGGAAGAUGGAAACUUCGACUCUCUUGUUGAUCCUAGUCUGCAGAACAAUUAUAACCACAAUGAGAUGGCUCGAAUGGUGGCCUGCGCUGCUGCUUGUGUGCGUCAUUCAGCACGGCGUCGACCAAGAAUGAGUCAGAUUGUUCGAGCCCUCGAAGGGGAUGUAUCUCUCUCUGACCUUAAUGAAGGAAUCAGACCAGGGCACAGUGGCCUCUAUAGUUCCUACGGGAGCUCAGACUACGACACCAGCCAAUACAACGAAGACCUCAAAAAGUUCAGGAAGAUGGCAUUAGCUAGCCAAGAAUAUGGCAGCAGUGAGUACAGCGAACCUACUAGCGAAUAUGGCGUGUACCCUUCUGGCUCGAGCAGCGAGAAUCCUAGCCGCCAAACAACCAGAGAAAUGGAGAUGGGAAGGAUGAAGAAAGACAGUCGAGGUUUCAGGGGAGGCCCUUGAGCUCAUGUUUCGCAGCCUUGUAUAGUUUCUACCACUCAAUUUUUUUAAUGCUCCACCCGGGAUUGCAAGACAGGCAUGUGAUUUUCAAGUAUUGACAUAGUUUUUUCCCGUCUUCUCAAUUUGAAUUUGACAGCUUUUACAAUGUAACUAGCAAUCGAGAAUAUAAAAGAAUGACAGAUUGGCUGGCUGAUUCUUUGAUUUUUCCGUGUAAGUAAUCGAUGAUUCCUUUUGGGUCGAAGUGUUAUCGUUUUGUAUUAUUUUAUGCUAGAGUGAAACAGAAGUUGCUUGCAUUGUUUUUGAAGUUUUUAAGAAUCUGGUCUUGUGAGGGGAUUUAAAUAAAUGUACACCAAGCUGUCAGAAUUUUUUU